CUGCUCACUCACACCCACACAUGCACAAAGACUCCUACUCAGCGCUCUAACUCUAAAGCCACAGUGUUUGUGUCUCACAUUACCCAUCAUAUCACUGACCAGGAGUUGAGGGAACACUUCCAAGUAAUAUCCAGAUACCGCUACCUGGCCCACCUCUCUCAGUCCAAAGCAGACCCCUCCCUCAACCACACCCUCUACAAGCGGGCCCUGGCACACCACCCUCUAGACCAGCAGCUCUGGAAGAACUAUCUCAACUAUAUAACCACUAGCUUUGGUAAGGUUGGAUUGGUCGUUGUCUCUGGUUGCAAGCAAUCACUUCGUAAUUGUCCGUGGGUGGUCGACUUCUGGAUGAGCUACACACGGGCACUGGAGCGGGUCCAAACCAAUCACGAGGAAAUUGUUGCUGUGUUUGAGAAGGGCUUGAAGGGCAACCUCUCUGUGGCUGCAGACUAUCUCAAGUUGUGGACUGCAUACUGUGACUACCUCCGGAGACAGGUACACACGCCUCUCUCACCUUUGACCCCUAAGGAGGGCGUGGAGACGGCCAGUCCUAAUUUGGUGGAGUUACGGAAGACAUUCUUUUAGCUUGAGACAGUCUUGAAGCAUUAUAUGGUAAGGAUGGUGACCCUACAGACUCUCUCUCUCGUUACCAGGCCAGCCUGGAGGCUCGUUGCUAUGACAAUAUGGAGACGGCACGAGCGCUCUGGGUGGAAGUGAUGAGUAGACACGGAAAGCAGGCACAGUACUGGAUAGAGUACGCUAGCAUUGAGAGGUCCCAUGGCGACACUGCCAGCUGUCGUAAAGUGCUACAACGAGCGUCCAACUCUGCCAGUGAUGACCCGGAGAUGGUGUGUGAGGCACUGCUACAGUUUGAGAGGCGACCUCCAGUCAUUUGAGGGGGCGUUGGUGAGGUGUGAGGCACAGCUGGACUGUGUACGAGCGAGAAGGGAAAAGGCUGCUGAAAAAGAUUCUUUCAAAAAGGAUGAUCUAAAGAAGCACAGAAAGAUGGACAUAGGAAAGGGCAGAGUCAGCAGCAGAGAUGAGGGUCAAAGUUUAGGCCGUAAGAGACCACCUCCUGGUAGAGAAAUGUCAGAUGAUCAACAACCGGCGGUUAAGAAACAGAAAUUUGUAGCAGAGACUGGCAUUGUACAGUUGCCCAGUAAGAAGGUUCCAACAGUGGAGGCAGCAAAGGUUGAGACAGAGGGUCCGAAGGAGGCCAGGACUGUGUUUGUGAGUAACCUGAGCUUCAAGGCCACCGAGGAUGAACUCAGGGAGAUAUUCACACCAUGUGGACUAAUCGCUGAGAUUCGGCUUAUCAGGACACGUCAGUCUAACAAGGGCAACGUCUACGCCUACAUAGAGUUUGCGACCCCUGACCCCGUGGCCAGUGCACUGGGGCUUGACAAGACGGAGAUUGAGGGACGUCCGAUGUACGUCUCACAGUUCAAGGAGAAGGGAAGACCUGUGUCUAGCCUGGGGGACAAGACACCUCAGCGCUCUGACUCUAAAGCCACAGUGUUUGUGUCUCACAUUGCCCACCACAUCACUGACCAUGAGUUGAGGGAACACUUCCAACAGUGUGGAGAGAUCAAAGAGGUUCGACUGAUCAAGAACAGAGAGGGAAGAUCGAAAGGUUUUGCUUAUAUUGAGUUCACUGAUGAGUCCUCGGCCAAUGUGGCUGUCGCUCGACUCAACAACAGUGAUGAGCUUGGAAUGAAGAGGAUGAGCGUGGCCAUUUCCAACCCUCCCAAGGGAGGGUCAAAGGGCACUUUCGGGGGACCUGAAACUGAGACUGGGUUUAAGCGUCCGACCUUUGCACCCAGAGAUAUGCAAGACAACAACCCAAUAGUGACAAGUCGGCGUAAGACCAACAUCCCUCUACUCCCAAGAGCCCUGGCCAAGAGAGCAGUCAGUGGAGACAAGAGAACACUACUAGUAGUACUAGUGGUGAGGGGAACAAACUAUCCAAUGACGAUUUUAGAAAAUUACUAGCCAAGAAAUGAACCAACUUUUUGCACAUUUACUAUGUCUUGCUUUUUGCCUUUGUUGUGUACUGGACUUUGCAGAAUCUU